AUGGCGACGCUCACUGAUGUGAAAGUGAGAAGGGGUGCAGAUGUUGGCAGCAACCACCACCUUGUGACAGACGCCAUCAAGCUAAAAUUGAGAAGUGUGGGACCACCAAACAAGGGACAUAGAUGUUAUGAUAUUGACAAGCUAGAGUCCCUUGAAGAGUUAAAAGGUGGAAAGGCAUACGCAAAGCUGGGCUUUGCAGACCUAAACCUUGCAGAGUUUGCUGGAUCAGGAAAUACCACUCGUCGCUGUUUACUGGAAGGUUAUGAUACCAAAAAUACUAGACAGGAUAAUUCCAUUCUCAAAGUAUUGAUCAGCAUGCAGCUAAUGUCCGGAGACCCAUGUUUUAAAACGCCUCCUUCCACAGGAAUGUCCAUCACAAUUGCUGGAGAAGCAGAAUCUUUACAUGAAGACAGGAAAGGCGGAGAGAACUUGAAAGUGGUUCAUCUGGGUGUAUCAGAUCUCUCAGCAAAGAGUGCGUCAGUCCCAGAUGAACUUGGUGCAUGUGGACAUUCCAGAACAUCAAGCUAUGCAAGCCAGCAAUCAAAAUUGUCAGGAUAUAGCACAUGUCACUCCAGAUCAUCCAGUUUUUCUGAUCUCAGCCAUAGGAGAAACACCUCAGUGGGAAGUACGUCUACAGGAAUUGGAAGUAUUCUGGAGCCAUGUGAAGAGACUGAACCAAAAAUAACUGAUGAUAAUUUUGAUACUCCUGUUAAAGAUAUAUCUUCAGAAAAACUCAGCAGGCAUCCAGUGAAGCAAGACUCUGUAGAGUCACAAUUGAAGCGGGUUGAUGCCACCAGAGUAGAUGCAGAUGAUAUUGUUGAAAAAAUAUUGCAGAGUCAAGACUUCAGUUUAGACUCCAGUGCAGAAGAAGAAGGGCUGAGAUUAUUUGUGGGCCCUGGCGGGAGUACUUCUUUUGGAAGUCAUCAUCUACCCAAUAGGGUAGGAUCCGGAGCAUAUGAACAAGUGGUGAUUAAACGCUAGAACAGCAGGACUUGAACAGAAGAACAGUUGUAGAGUUCUUCCAUGGAUAAUUAAGAUGUGUUCAUUUAAUCCCAACAGUUAUCAAAGUUGAUGUGAUGAGACAGACUCUUUCAAGAGGCCAACUCACAUUUGGUCUGAACUGUCUGAGUACCUCCUGCUCAUAAAAGAUCUUUCACGUCUACAAUGGUAUAAAGGCAAUUUUUAGUAUCUAUGCCUUGUACAAGUAUAUAUCCAUUGUUGUGAUCGUUACCUGAUGUUAGUGGAUUACUGGCUUUUGUAACUACGUGUAAAACAUCUUGUGGAAACCUGAUAUAUGGUGUCUAUUUGAACAUAGUUUUAUAUAGAAGUUCAUUAGUGAUGAUGUGCUCUGUUUGCAACUUGGCUUUCAGAAGAAACCCCUUAAAGAAGAUUAGUCUUAAAUUAAUCUAGUUCAAAACUUAAAUUCUACUAUUAGAAAUAAUUCUUCAUAAAUAACUUUUAAAAUAUUACUUGCCAUUCAAUGCUAUAAUAGCUAAUUCCUUCUAUCAGGCCAUAAUUAGUAUAAAAUGGGGAUUAAUGCUUCCAAGAAAACAACUGAGUUGUGCUUUAAGAUGCCAUAUUAUCUGCUUCAGUAAUAUUAAACUUGUAAAUGCAUUGAGCAUAAUUAACUGUAAGGUUGAGUAGCAGAUGGUAGAGACAAAUAUAUAAAAGCAAAAUACAAGUGACUAGGUCUAAUAACAUCAAACAAUAUACGUUGCUACUUGUAAAUAAAAUCUGAUGGCUUAAAGUGCAUCAGUAUGACUUCUGGUCCUAUGUAAAUGACAAAAUUAUAUUUACAAUUUCACAUCAGAAUUACCAAAUCACAGUAAAGCACUCAACAAGCUGGUCUUGUAUGCCUGAGGAUAGUAUGAUUUUAUGGUUUGGGAUAUAAAACUUUUUAGUCUCUGUAAGUGAGAUUCAGCUGUCUAAACAAAAAGUAAAGCUUCUUUCAAAUGUGAUUUCUGUUACGCAUGAACCUUAAGGAUCAAUGGAUGAUAGUGUCUGGUGAAAGUAGUCAGCAGCUUAACACCACUGUGAACACGUUUUUCUAGCUUAACCCUUCACAGUUGGGUAGUAUAUCUCUUACAGCUGAAGGUGCCUUGUUCCUGUGGGUAGGAGAUGGGGAGGGAAGGAUAGAUUACCAAAUGAAGCUUUUAAGAAUAAAUGACCAUCUAGACUGGCUAACUAUUGCCAAUAUAAUUUACUAACAGAAGCACUUUAUGCACAUGCACUCUGCAGUCUGAAAAAUCAAUCUCUGGGCAAAGGCCUCACCUUUUUUGUGUAGAAUCACUAACAGCUUCACUAUCUGUCCAUUGUUACACUUGAGGCAUGAAACAUUUUGACCAAAAUGUACUGUACUUUAACUUGCACAAAUGGAAUGGCUUGGUCUAAAAUGUAUUAGUUUUAGCAAAAGGUGAGAAUUAAAGAUCUUUUCACAAAAGAAUUGUUUUGUUGACAGCUGUAAAAGUAUUUGCUUAUUUUUUUAAAAAAGAUUUCUGGUGGGAUGACAAUCUAACAGUAGAGGUUUAGAUGUACUAAGCCUAAUGUUUAGAUGUAUUUUAGUACUAAAUUGCAGUAGAAA